AUGGUAGCGGCCCUCCCGCCGGCCACGCAUACCUUGCACUUGCUCGCGCCGCCUGGCGACUGGGGCUCGGCGAGCGGAUCCUUGGUCGGGAUCGUCUCCGGGGUGUCGGCGUAUGCCAUCGUUCCUCCCCGGAGCGCAUCUCAGGGGCGAAGUCCGACCACCGGCCCCCGGUCCGGCCAACGUGCCAACCAGCCGGGACACGUUCAGUCAACCAGGCUGGCCGAUGUAUGCAGGCGCAUGCGCCCGCAAGUCGCCGCCAUCGAGGAGCGCUAUGCCAAGGAGCUUGAGCGCUUGGCCAAGUCCAACCUCGGCGAGGCCGAGGAGGGCACCAUGAAGACCGCUUGGAAUCAGGUGAAGUUCGACGCGGAGAACACCGCACGCGCGCAUGCCAAGCUGGCACUGGCUCUCAACAAUGAGAUCCUCGGUAGCGGCGAUCCCGAGCCGGUGGUGGAGGCCAACCGUCUGUUGCGCGACUACGAGUCGGCCGUCGGCCGCGAUCGCAAGCGCAUUGCCGCCGCCGACCAGGAAGUGGAGAAGACUCGCAAGACCUACAUCAGCCGCAUGACCGACGCCGAGCGGGCUGGCCCCUCGUCUGGGGCCUCUUCCAGCCGGGCCAGCCUGUACGGGGCCCCGGUCAGCCAGUCGUCCGAGCGCAAGAAGGCCACCCUGGCGGCCAAUGAAUACCGCCGGACGGUGGACGAAGCCAACGAGGCGCGCCGUGCCUGGGGCGACACCGUCAACCUCGCCAGUCUGGAGUACCAAAACCUGGAAAUCCGCCGGAUCAACUACCUGAAGCAGCUUCUCGACAGCUACCUGGACACGCUGCAGGCUUCGCGCCAGUCCCUGGAAGAGUCUUCCUCGAUGGUGCGCAACAGCAUCCAGGCCGUUUCGACCGACGUGGACAUCGAGAUGUUCGUCAAGAGCCGGGGAACGGGUCCUCACCGCCCGAAGCCCGUGGAAUUCCAUCCCUUCAAGUGA